AUGCAACGAGAAAAAACGUACACUGCUGUAGCUCUGCUGCCGGAGGAAGAUAAUAUGCAGCGGUUCUGGUUGUCAGAGGAGAUCGGCAUUACAGAUAUGGGCAGUAAGGGAGAUGAAGAACCAUACCAGCUUUUCACGAAUUCAAUUAUAAGAGACGCGGAAGGCCGUUAUGAUUAUGAAGUGAAACGAUCGUGGCGUCCCGAGCAAGGAAAAGCACUUCAUCUUAAUUAUGGCUUGGCACUUGGCCGUCUGCGAUUUACGAUCAAAAUCUUACAGGGAACGCCAGAGUAA